AUGUAGAGGGACCGACGCAGCCUGGCCAGAUUGUGCACCAGCUCCUCUCCUCCUCGCAGCGGCUGCGUCACAAAUCGAGGCGCUCCUGUUUAUGACACAAUCGACAACACACGGCGCCCUUUAAGGACACAAACCCCCCCGCAGACACAAUCCAUUUUCAAAAACAAUACGCUCAGCAGACAAGGUUGGUGCGCACACAAAAUGGUUAAACUGGGGAAUAAUUUCAGCGAGAAAAACAAUGGGAAGGGGGGCGCUGAAGACGGAUUUGACACCAUCCCCCUCAUCACACCCUUAGAUGCCAGCCAGCUUCAUUUUCCUCCACCAGACAAGGUGGUGGUGAAGACAAAGGCAGAUUACGACGGCGAAAGUAAGAAGGGCAGGAUUAGAGCUCCCAAAAUCGCAGAGUUCUCAAUAAGCAUCAUUGAAGGCGUGUCCGAGAGACUCAAAGUGACCUUGCUGGUGAUCUGUGCCCUGGCCUUCUUGGUCUGUGUGGUGUUCCUGGUAGUCUACAAGGUCUACCAAUAUGAGCAGCCAUGCCCUGACAGCUUUGUGUACACGCAAGGCCGCUGCAUGCCAGCCGGGAUCUACGGCAGCAACUUCCCUCAUCAGGGUCCGGGGGGCCGCGGGCGUCUCUUCACCCUCAUCAACCACUACAACAUUGCCAAGCAGACCAUCACUCGGUCAGUAUCGCCGUGGAUGACCAUCAUGUCUGAGGAGAAGGUCACCCAGCAGGAGACAGAGACAGCACAAAAGAUGGCUUAAUUGACCGGGCGUGGCCUCGCCCGCUGAGGGAGAAGAAAUGAUAUGGUUGUGCCAUUCAAGCAAACCUGAGUCCUGUCGCUAAAUGUACUCGUCUUGCCUGAGGUGCUAUGCUGCCUUCAACGUCAGCUGAAUGUGUGGAAACUGUGAUCAGGUUUUCAGCAAACUGAGGCUCGUGCUGGAUUCGUGGUUUGUUUGAAUAGCAUAUGCUGUUAUUUAUUGUUACACAGCCGACACAGACACACACCCGCUCACACUCUUGAUGUUAACUUUGUACAUAAACACAUGUUCAAACUCAAUUUAGUGAAAUGACUGUGAACUAGCUCAUGUUUGUGACACAUUUAGAUGAUGCACGCACAACGAUUAGGACUGUACUUUGCUUUUUGUCAUUCUUUCAAAAAGAUCUUGUAGUUGUGAUCAAGCAAUGUUUGCAGCAUAAAUGCCACACAAGUGUGAAACUUCUAUUCCAAGAAUUUAGUAGGAAACUAUUCGGUAUUACAUUCAGAUCUAAAAUGACUUUAACCAGCGACAUGGUCCUGCUGCAUCACUCUACAAGUCCGAACACGUUUACUCUGGCAUCACUUCAAAGCUGUAUUAUAGUAACAAAUGUACCUGAGAAUAAAGCUGCCGCUUUCUAGCAAAUGACACAGCAUUGUUUUGUACUGUACAAAGCCCUACUAAUUUGUUGUGAAAAGUGGCUCAACGUCAACCGGCUGCACCAGCAAAGGUAUUUUGCACAAUUUUGGUUGUGCAGUUUGACCUAAAACUGCUUUUUCAAUAAUACUGCUGUCAAGUUGUUUUUUUUUUGUGAACAUAUCAAGUGUAUUUAUGUUUGCCACCAUUUUUUUUUUUGGACCAGUGCUUUUUGCAGGCUACACAAGGCUACAUUUCUUAGAAUAGCUUUUAUGCUGCUCUACUGAAUGUUUUUGCUUUGAUAAUAGACGGUGUAUUGUGAAACCUCUUGCAUUUAUCAAUGUCAUCAGAUGGCAACUGCAAGCCAUCGAUUUUUGAACUAGUUAAUUGUCCCUGAUGUUUUGUUUUGCUGUACGUGUCAGUUAAAUGUUCACAAAUGCCUCAUUUUCAUACAGUAUAAUAAGUAUCAUUGAAGUGUAUUUACUACAUUUAAUGUUAAAUGAAGGAUGGAAAUAAAGUCGAGAUGUUUCCCACCAAAACAUUGUCGAAUUUAUAUUAAGAAAAAAUGUGUGUUCAGUUGACAGUGUUUUGCGUUCAUUUAUUUCAAUUAGAGCCCCUUGAGAGCCAGCAUAUUUUAAAAGGGGGCCUUUCAACACAAUACAAAUGCAUUUAGACAGGCAGCUAAGUCUACACCUCUUCUUCGUUUCCUUUCGGCUUGUCCCGUUAGGGAUUUCCACACCGUGUCAUCUUUUUUAAUCUAAGCCUAUCUCGUGCAUCUUACUCUCCAACACCCACUGUCCUCCUGUCUUCCCUCACAACAUUUUCUUUGGUCUUCCUCUUGCUCGUUUGCACCCAAGUCCACACCAAUUGGUGAAACUUUGUAGAAACAACUUCAGUUGUUCAACAGUGCGGGGUCUCCAUUCACGUAUUUUGCACUUUAUAUUGCAACAUAUUUUAAAAAUGAGACAGGUCUGGACUGCAGUUGUUGUUGUUCAUAGAGGAGUGUAUGGCUUCUGCUUUUCAUCGUAGAGUUUUAACUUGCAUUUGUAGAUAUAGCAACAAACUGUGUUAACGGACAAUGGUUUUCUGGGGUGUUCCUGAGCCCAUGCGGAAUAUCCUUUACAGAAUCAACACUAGUUUUUAGUGCAGUGAUGCUUGAGGGAUCAAACACCACAGACAUUUAAUGUGGUUUUCACCCUUGCUGCAUACGUACAAAUGUCACCAGAUUGUCUGAAUCUUUGUAUAUUAUGGAUAGUAGAUGAUGAAAUCUCUAAAUUUCUUGCAAUUGAGCAUUGAGAAAUAUUAUUCUGAAUGUUACACUAUUACCUCAUGCAGUUGUUCAUAAAGUGGUGAACUUCACCUUGCUUGAGCCUUUCAGGGAUGCUCCUUUUACACAGAAUCACAGUAUUCACCUCUUUUCAAAGGACAUGUUCACAAGUAGAAUGUUCCAAACAGGUGUAUUUUCAGCAUUUCUCAACAUUCUAAAACCUGUCCACGUUUCUUGGGACCAUGUUGCAGGCUUUUCCAAAUGAAAGAAUAUUUGAAGUAAAAAAAAAAAAAAAAAAAAACACCCCCAACAUUCACCAAUUUGAACAAGGUAUAAAACAAUCUGCAACUUAUUGUAUUGUUUCAUUUAGGUUUUACACAGCAUCCGGAUAUAAUUGGAAUUGGAGCUUGUAUUAGUAUGCAAUAUAACAUACACAGUGUACACAACAUCAGAGCACAAAAUACUGUAUGUGUGGUUUAGCAUCUUUAAAUUCACCUAACAGCUGACUUUUUUUUCCUCAGCGAUUUGUGGAAAACCCACCUAUUGGCUACUUUUAUCGUCAGGCCACAUCAAAGUAUUGAUUUGUCACCAUGGUAGUGCAAAGGAACUAUUUUGAAGUCAAUUAAGUGCUUUUUCUACUAUUUUGCGGUACCUACAGGCAAUAACGAACCUUUUUGGGGUGAGCUAGGGGUGCCAGUUACUAGCAUAUUUUCGUGUCGUGGCUCGGUUUCUAGGCCCCGUGAAUAGCAGGGGUAACCAGUAGAUCUGUAUCCCAAUAUAUGAGGAAUACAGCAUAUAAUUAAUACAGCUGAUGAACUCAUCUCCUUCAGUAAAAACUAACCAGAACAGGCCUUGUCCAUUUGGUGGUCUCAGUCUUGUCUCAAAAUCGAAAUAUUUAAACAUAUCAACUGUCUUUAAUUAGAUUACACCCUAAAAAUCAAGAAAGAUGGUUGAAAAUGUCAUUUAGAGUACGUUAGAGAUGACACUGAGCGAUGAACUGCUUUAAUGGGCAUACGUUCUGCUGCUGAAGGCAAAACCUUGCCAGUCUGACAUUGGAGUUGGAUUUUUGGAUACAUAGUUAUGUUUUGCAAAAUCAAGAUUGCAAAGCCAGUGCAAUUCAAGUCUAAG